GUCAAAACAAGACCGUAAACAGUUAAAUUAUUUUCUUUAUUUUUCUUUUUAAUUGUUCAUACAGUAAAAACUACCUCGUCUUACAUAAGAAAAUAACUAAAAAGCAAUAUUCAUAAGUACAACUUAGCUUCUAAUUAGUAUAAGUAGUGAAAUUUAAGUUAAAAUAACAAAAUGUCGGACGCGGAGGUUGAAGUACCAACGACAUUUAAAAAACGCAAUAUUAAGCUUAAAGGUGGAAGAAAACGGCGUAAAACAUCUAGUUCAGAAGAGAAAAACAGUUCAGAAUCUGAUGAGCAGACAGUAGUGCUACCAACGAAGAGACCUCAGAAAGCAAACCCCAAUGUACAACGAACAGCUGGCCCCAAAAGUAGCAAAACACAGAUUGAUGUUAAUAGUGAUAGCAGUGAUGAGGAAAAGGACAAACAGCGUACAACUCUAUCGGUACAACAGCAGAGAGAGAACGCUACAGCCACUUACGAGAUGGACACAGAACACGACAGAGAUGCGCAAGCGCUGUUCGAGAAGGCGCAGAAAAUUAACGAGGAGUUGGAGGGGCAGGCUGACGAUAAGUUAUAUCGUGGUAUGAACAACUAUGCCCAGUAUUACAAGAAGAGGGAUACGGCAGCUGGCAACGCCAGUUCGGGUCUGGUCAGAAAGGGUCCUAUUAGGGCCCCUGCUAACUUAAGGGCUACCGUCAGAUGGGACUACCAGCCGGAUAUCUGUAAAGAUUAUAAGGAGACUGGAUUCUGUGGUUUCGGAGACUCGUGCAAGUUCCUGCACGACCGCUCGGACUACAAGCACGGCUGGCAGCUGGAGCGGGAGGAGGCCGCGCCCGCCGCCGGGGACUCCGACUACGAGGUCUCCAGCGACGACGAACUGCCCUUCAGGUGCUUCAUAUGCAGGAGUAGCUUCACUGACCCCGUUGUUACUAAAUGCAAACACUAUUUCUGCGAACGCUGUGCGUUGGACAACUAUAAGAAGUCGACUCGCUGUUUCAUAUGUAACGCGCAGACCAGCGGCGUGUUCAACCCUGCCACGCAACUGCAAGGCCGGCUGAAGACACGCCCUGGUGAACACAGCGGUGAUGAUGAUGACGAUGAUGAUGAUGAUUAAUAAAUAUUGUUAUCUGGAA